AAUGCUCAUGUGGUCGAUUGCGUUCAAACAACCACAAAAGACCGCCUACUGACCUAAUGCGUAAACAUUAUAGGAAGCGCACUAGCCAAAUGGGAUUUAAACUUUGUUGGCUGGAUAUCUAAGUUUAGUUUGAAGACGAAAAAUGUACCAAGCACAAUGUUCUCUCAACAUGAUUUCUAACACAUACUCACACUCCCACUAACUACAUACAUAGAUAUAAUAAAAUGAUGCAUGGACAAGAAAAUUGAUUAUUUUACAAAUUUGAAUGACGUUUUAGUAAUUUUUGGCAGUAUGAGUUUAAUUAAUUGAUUGACCAGUCAUUAAUCUGGUUAUUGAUUUAAUGUACUGAGCACUGCUGUAUUUUAUAUCGCAACACUCUCCAACAACAGAAUGCUACUUUUAAUUCUUUUAAGUCUAAUUAGAAUGGUAUCUUAUUUUUUCCAGCAAAAUAUAUCAUUUGUGAUUGCAUUUUCUAAUGUUAUGGCCAUAGACGUGCAGUCUACCAAUAGCAUUAGAGCGACAACACUAGGAACGCCCACUAGCGACAUACAGCAGCAAAGUCGCUGGCGGUGUGAACAGGGCUUAGUCCUCGUUUAUUGUAUAGUGAUUUAUGGUCUUAAAUAUUAAUAUUUAGUAUUAAUAUUGAGGGUUUUUUGGUCACAAGUCACCUAUAAGGUGAGUGUGAGAGUGUCAGAUGAUUCCUUCCUAUAUUACGAGGCACCAGCCAAGGAAUUUCACCUUGACAGUAAAGAACAAUCAUAGAAGAUUGUUGACUGAAUUAGAAUUAUAUAAAUUGAAGAAAGUUUGUCAUCUGAGAAGUCUGAAGGAUUUGUGAGAAUCGGGCGAGCUUGUAGAGCCUCUGAUUAUCAACACAAGAAUGACACGGUUUGCAAUAAAAAUUAAUGUAUUAACAAAAAGAUAUGCAAGAGUAAAAUAUCACACUCACUAAAUACUACUAAAGGAAAAUGACUAAACUAUUAAGAAAAUCAAAUCAAUAAUCAAACAGAAAUGAUAAAUUAGUACACAAAUGGACGUUAACAAAACGUCUAUGGGAUAACUAUGGAAAUGCCUUAUUUCUUUUCCAACCCUUUCUCAAAGCCCUUGUGAGUCCAAACUUGAUGUAAAUUGUCAGUGGGUGAGAUAUUGAGAUUGUCUUUCUCUUGGAGCAUUUCUUUGUUCUUGUAUUGUAAAGCUUAUAAUAUAUAAAAGAAAUAAUUAAGCUCAUAAUAGUGUUUUAAAGUUGAAUGUAUACGUUAAGUGUUGGAAUAUAUAUUGUGCUGGUUUGAAGUUUAAUAAAGGUCACAGUAUCUCUGUGUGUCACAGUUCACACCUGCUUUGCUGUGCAUUGUUGGGAAAGUAGACAAUAUUACAAUAUUUAGUGCAUAUAUAAAACAAAAGGCAUAUUUUAAUCAUGUAAAUGCAAUAAUACUGGAGUAAAUAUUGCGUUAAACCUGAUUUUUUGCUUUUAAGGCUUUAUUUCUUGAAAAAAUGUUCCUGUCUUUUUUUAAGAGGCUGAAGAAGGUUAAUGAUUCCCCGAAGGGUGUCACAUACAUGCUGAUAUAAUCUUACCAAUCCUCUAUUCUCAUGGAUUUUUACAGUUUGUUUAGGAUCACACAAGGUCCCUCCCAUACAUAUCAGCUAUAAAUGUGAGUGCAUCAGUUCAGAAGCUUAGAGAGAAAAUGGCUGUAAUCGAGUCACUUCUGCAGUUUCUCAGCACAGGUACAUUACUGGGUGCUUUGCUGUUACUUCUGGUUUUGUAUUUGCUUUCCUCUGGAUCCAGAUCUCAGAAAGAGGGGAAAGAGCCACCUGGACCCAAACCACUGCCGCUGCUGGGGAACCUGCUGACCCUUGACCUCAAGAGACCCUUUGACACCUUUUGUGAGCUGUCCAAAACCUACGGAAACAUAUUCCAAGUAUUUUUGGGUCCCAGCAAAACUGUGGUCUUAGUUGGGUACAAAACUGUCAAAGAAGCUCUUGUGAACUAUGCAGAAGAGUUUGGUGACAGAAAUAUUGCACCUGGUUUCAGGAUAAUGAACGAUGAACAUGGAAUCCUCUUUUCCAAUGGAGAGAACUGGAAAGAGAUGCGACGAUUCGCUCUCAGCAACCUGCGGGACUUCGGGAUGGGCAAGAGAGGAAGUGAAGAGAAAAUCAUAGAGGAGAUUCAGUAUCUGAAAGGAGAGUUUGAUAAGUUUGAAGGGAAAGCCUUCGACACAACACAGCCUGUGAACUACGCUGUGUCAAACAUCAUCUCAUCUAUUGUGUACGGCAGCAGAUUUGAAUACACAGACCCUCGAUUCACAGCAAUGGUCGACAGGGCAAAUGAAAAUGUUCGUGUUGGUGGAUCGGCUGCUAUGAUGCUUUAUAAUAUAUUUCCAUGGUUGGGUCCGUUCCUCAACAGCAAAAGGAUUAUUGUAAGAAAUAUAUUAAAAAAUAGAGCAGAAAUGACGAAGUUGAUCAAUAGGCUGCUGGAGACUCUGAAUCCACAGGACCGCAGAGGGUUUGUCGACUCCUUUCUCAUCCGGAAACAGAGCGACGAGCAAUCCUGCAAGAAGGACUCAUACUUUCACCAGGAGAAUCUUUUUGUGACAGUAAUAAAUCUGUUUGUUGCUGGUACUGACACGACAGGAACGACUCUGCGCUGGGGUUUGAUGCUCAUGGCCAAAUACCCUCAUAUACAGGAUCGAGUUCAAGAGGAGAUUGACCGAGUGAUCGGUGGACGUCAGCCAGUGGUGGAAGACAGGAAGAAAUUACCGUAUACAGACGCUGUGAUUCAUGAAACUCAGAGGCUGGCCAACAUAGUGCCCAUGAGUCUCCCUCAUAAGACCAGCUGUGAUGUUCACUUCAAUGGAUACUUCAUCAAAAAGGGUACCACUGUCAUUCCUCUGUUGACGUCUGUUCUGAAGGAUCCAAGCGAAUGGGAGAAACCGAACAGCUUUUACCCAGAACACUUCUUAGAUGAGAAGGGCCAGUUUGUCAGGAGAGAUGCUUUUAUACCCUUUUCUGCAGGUCGAAGGGUUUGUUUGGGAGAGAGUUUGGCCAGGAUGGAGCUCUUCCUGUUCUUCACUUCCCUCCUUCAGAGCUACCGCUUCACAACUCCACCUGGAGUGUCUGGAGAUGAUCUGGAUCUCAAAGGAAUAGUCGGGGUCACGUUGAAUCCAUCCCCACACAAGCUGUGUGCGAUCAGACGCUCCUGAUACUGGACAGUCAAAACAGAAGCAACACAUUUUACUUAAUUUUAAAUAAGAACUGGCAUGAUUUUACUUGUUCUGAGUAAAUUCACAAAAUGUAUGGAAUUAACUCCACAAACCAAAAUCACUUCUGACUUUUAUUGCACAUCUUGAGCAGCAGGUGCAUAUUGUUUAAUUUUUUUAUUUUUUGUAAAAUUUUGUAGUCAAAAAGAUCAUUAAAAAAAACUGUAUGUUGUUUUCCCACAAAAGUAUAGCCUCCUUAUAAAAGAUGACUUAAAAGGCACAACUGUAAGAUAAGAUUAAAUUUUAAAAAAUAAAACAUGCAAUAAACGUUUUUAAUAAUAAAAA